AUGACUCAUGAUAAGGUCAGUGCAGGGAAUGCCGAAAAUGUGAAAGAUGACUUAAAUGGUCUUGACAAAGCCGUUAGUGCUGUUUUAGGACAAAGAACCAUUGAGCGCAACCAAUGUUGUGUGACGAGUGCAACAGGGAUCAAGGAGGAGGUGAAGGCUCCAGAGAAUCUCUCAAAAAGAGUCUCUAAUUUGUCGUUAACAGGAGCCGACAAGAAGUUGGAGAAAUACCUUCUCGAGAAACUCGACAGCUACGAGUCUGCAGUCGGUGAUUCAAAUGUCAAGGGUGUUUCGCGCAUUGAAGUUUUCCCUCCUGCAUUUCAAGCAAUCCCUCGGAAUCCUAUUGUUCUAGACCUUGCCUAUAAUUUUAUUGAGUUCCCAUCUCUUGAAAGUAGGAUGAAGAAAGAGAAGAAGGGCUUCCUAAGGCUAUGGUGACGAAUUUUCUUGCAUGUCAAAUUUGAGGAAUUCUUGUAACUGUAUUUAGAGCCUUUGCAUGCGUUCAGAUUUUGUUCAUUUUUUAUUUUCUUUUCUUAAUUU